AUGUCUCGCCUGCUCUCGAAGAAUCCUGAUCUCGUAAACUGGCGGGACUACGUUACAGGCACUGCCCUACAUUUUGCUGCGCAAGUUAACGAUAUGAGUCUGGUUCGUCUUCUCGCUGGGACCUUUAAAGCGAAUGUUGAUGUUCGCAACCACGGUCUUACUCCUCUGCAUAUGGCUGCCAUCGGUGCCUCGGAGGAAGUUGCAUUUGCGCUUAUGUCUCAAUUUAAUGCGAAAGCUACGGUUCGGGACUACAGUGGUAGGCUUCCAUUCAGCUACGUGCCAGACACAGAAGCCGGAACACGAUUGAGGAUAAAGAAGCUAGUCCUGGAGAUGCCACCAGUGCCGACGACACUAAGUUCACAACCAGCAUCACCAGGUACCCCUCGACCACCACUCCCAACAGCAGCAACCUCACCGAGUUCUCCGAUUCCGCAUGAUCGAUCUCGAUCAAACCAAAACAAACGCACCAGUCUGCUGUUUUGUAGCAUGCGUAAAACCUCCAAAAGUCGUCGAGAUCAGAGGUCUUCGCCAAUGUGCUCUGCAGGGUUAAAUAACGAUGAAGAACUAGUGACUAGAGAUGACCUCCCUCCAACAUCUCCAACACAAAUUGGAGGCUUCACAAGCCUUAGAAAGCACAAGGCUAGGGCUAGACCUAUGCUUCCACAAGUGGAGGCUUCCAACUUCACCAGUGAGGUGUAUUCAACAAUUCGACGAAGGAAAUCAGAACGUGGAAAAAACUACAACCCUAUGGACCCUAUGUAUCAACAGACCUCAUUUGGAAAAACACCACCUACGAGACAUUCAAGGACGAUCUAUCUAGGCGAGAACCCAGACGAAACCUCACCCAAAGCCGACUUUAACCCCCAAACGCCGCAAAAUCAGCCACUCACCCAAGAAAGUCCCAUUUGA